AUGGAGUCGUCGGCGCCGAGUGGUUCUUCUUUUCGCGACAUUAUUGUAGAACGUCUGGAACGACGAAAUCGCAUUUAUGGGCAAUUCGAAGCGAUCUUCACAUCGUCGAAAAAGCAAUUAUUAUUACUUACAGACUGUGAAUUAGCCGAUUACGUAGCAAAUCUUGCACGAGCGGCGCGUGCUCAUCCCUCCUCCAGUAGUAUAAUGGAGGGAGCGGACGAUCGUGCAGCGAAAUUGGAAGCCAAACUUGCCGAUCUCUAUCGUAAAAAGGAGCAGAACGAUCAGCAGCUAAUCGAAGCAAACAAUCGAUUACGCGAUAUGACCAAAGAGCUGAAUGCAAUCACUAUUGUGUUGGUUUUUUUUGCUUUCUCCAAGAGUUAUAACUUACGGAGAGAAUUUAUAAAUCCAAGACUUUUGGGCAGGCCACUUUGCAUGCAGUUGAACAGUGGACCGCGCAUGAUAAGCGAUUGUGAGUAUAACUGUUCAGGUUCUGGGUAA